CACCAGUGGUUAAUGCUAACUCGAUAACCAUCUGUUAAUAGCACUUGAUUGAAACAUAUUUGGUCACAGUGUUACAUGGAUAGAAAACAUUCAAAUAAACUCUUUCACAUGAAUGUAUUUUAAAAUUCCUAGAGGAACUGGCAGAUUAUUUUCCGGAUCUUUCUCGAUCCAAACGGAAAGAAUUCCGUGCGUGUAUGUGUGUGUGUGUAGCGGCUGCUUCGAGAUCUUCCCGGGGAACCGUUUGUAGCAUCACUCUCCUCCUGAUGGAUUCCCUUCUGGCCUAAGGUGCACAAACAGGCUCUUGGUGACACCGUUCAUCCGCGCUUUCAUGAUAAAUGAAGAGCUUCACCACAACAGCAACAACAUGCUCCAAUCGCUGUUCAAUUAGAACUGAGUGGAUUUCCGAGCGGCGCUCGCUUAUAUACCGAUUGGUGAUUUCAAUAGCCUAUUUUGAAAGCAAAUUUAAGACUAUUGAAACAAGUUUUUGGAUCAGAAAGUAACAAGUAUAGAACGCGUAGACAUUUUAUCUUUCGAAUGAAGUGUUUAUCAUACCAUUUCGUUCAGUUGUUUAGGAGCUAUUAACACUCAAAAUCUCGGUCUCCGGCGUAACGCUUUCGUUUUCGAAACUUUGAUUUUACACCCCGGUAUAGAAAUGAAAGACGUAGUCCUACGUCAAAAAAAAAACGCUACGAUAGGAAUACGAGAAGAGUCCAUGGUAGUUCCAGGUGGCCUCAUUAUCUCAUUAUCAUUAUGCCGAUAUUGGAAGACAUCAAUUCUAGAGAAGCUAUGAUGUGUAGAUUCAUAGUAGUGUCACCAUCGACUAGAAUAAUAAAAUAAUAAUAUGCUAAUCUUAGGAAUACAUUCAAUAAUGCCUAACGUCAUAUGAAACAUUGAACAUGAAGACAACAAUCGUUGUUGAUGAUAAACAAAGAGAAUCAAUUGAAGGAAACAAUGCAUUUGAAUGAACACGCGAAAAACAUGAAGUUUGUUAUAGAAUUAAACUAAAAGGGCGAGUUUCAAAAAAAAAAAAAAUUCUAUGAGAAGCUGGCGCGAAAUGCCAUUUUUUGUAUGGAUUGCACAUGAAAGUCGCCGUUGCUAUGCAGCCAUUGGCUUCCCGUUCAUUGAAUACCGAUUGGAUCGACGGCGCUCGAAAGAAUGCACAUUGAUAACAGAAUAUCGACAUGUUACGCCGGACUCACAGCAUUGACCUAGAUCUUUACAUUUGAAAUCUGAUGGCAUGUAAUCAAAAUUAAUUAAUUUGGGGGUUCUUUACACCCCAUGUGUGCUACAACAAGAACACAUUCUGUUUCACUGGAGCAUUCGAGUUGAUCAACAGUCACAGUUCUUGCGAGAAACAUGAAGCAGUUGUUCAUUCUGGUGUUGUUUCCUAUUUUUUCUAAAACCUUUGCACAAUUGGAAGAGUACGAAUUUGAUUUGUCUCACCUAGACGAGGAUUUGUAUAAUCCAAGAAACGGGAAUCAUACCGAUUUGGGACAUCUGUUCGGCUAUUCGAAUCCUGAAGAGCUGGGAAAUUUUGCUGAAGGAGACAUUUAUCAGCCUCUGUUAGUGAAGAAUGCCGUGAAGUUUAAGAGUAGGACAUGGAAAAAAGCUGUGGUACCUUAUGAAAUAAGCGAUGACUUCAGUUACAACGAAGUACUAAAGAUACGGAAUGCUUUCAAGCUAUUCCGUCAAAAAUCCUGCGUUCGUUUUGUACCGAGAGUGAACCAGCCGGAUUUCAUCUCGAUUCAGAAUGCUCCAAACGGAUGCUGGUCAGCGAUUGGUCGGACUGGUGGAAAGCAGAUCCUCAAUCUUCAGAGUGGUGUGUGCCUGCGCCAAACGGGAACGAUUUUACAUGAGAUAAUGCAUGCCCUUGGGUUCUUUCAUGAACAUAAUCGUUACGAUAGGGAACGGUUUGUGAAAAUCAACGCCCAGAAUAUACGGCCUGAUGCAACGAAAAACUUUAGGAAGGACAGACAGAAGGAAAGCACCACCAAUGGGGUAGGAUAUGACCUGGGAAGUGUUAUGCAUUAUUCGCUUAUGGCAUUCAGCAGAAAUGGAAAGCCUACAAUAGAACCGAAGGUUAAAUUUUCAGGAGCUAUUGGUCAACGCGUUGGAUUCUCUAGUAAAGAUGUACAAAAAAUCAAUUCAUUACUUUGUAAAGAUUACUAG